CGCAUCAUUCCUCCUUCAGCAGGUUCACCUGUCUUUGUCAAGAUGACUCAACUCCUGGACAGCAUCAUCAAUGUGAUCAAAGUGUUCCAGCAACAUGCUGAAGAGGAUGGAGAUUGUACCUCACUCUGCAAAAAGGAGUUGAAGCAGUUGCUCUUCACUGAGUUUGGAGACAACCUCCGGAGGCCAAAUGACCCGGAGACUGUGGAAACCAUCCUGACCAUCUUGGAUAAAGACAGAAAUGACCGUGUUGAUUUUCAUGAAUAUCUCCUGUUGGUAUUCCGGUUGGCCCAAGCCUGCUUUCAUCAACUGGAUAAUGGUUCAUGUCGAAACAGAACCUCUCAGCAAGGGGAACAGGAGGGAACACAACACCAUAAGUUUCCGGGAAGUACAGGUAGACCACACAGACACAGGCAUGAAGAAGGAAGUCAGGACUCUCACCAUGGUGAGUCUGGGAGACAAGGCAGGGAUUCUCACUGUGGUCAGUCUGAGAGACAAGGCAGGGAUUCUCACCAAGGUCAGUCUGAGAGACAAGGCAGGGAUUCUCACUGUGGUCAGUCUGAGAGACAAGAUAGGGAUUCUCGCCAUGGUCAGUCUGAGAGACAAGGCAGAGACUCCCACUGUGGUGAGUCUGAGAGACAAGGCAGGGAUUCUCACUGUGGUCAGUCUGAGAGACAAGGCAGGGAUUCUCACCAAGGUCAGUCUGAGAGACAAGAUAGAGAUUCUCGCCAUGGUCAGUCUGAGAGACAAGGCAGGGACUCUCACCACAGUCAGUCUGAGAGACAAGGCAGAGACUCCCACUGUGGUCAGUCUGAGAGACAAGGCAGGGACUCUCACCACAGUCAGUCUGAGAGACAAGGCAGAGACUCCCACUGUGGUGAGUCUGAGAGACAAGGCAGGGAUUCUCACCAAGGUCAGUCUGAGAGACAAGGCAGAGACUCCCACUGUGGUGAGUCUGAGAGACAAGGCAGGGAUUCUCACCAAGGUCAGUCUGAGAGACAAGGCAGAGACUCCCACUGUGGUGAGUCUGAGAGACAAGGCAGGGAUUCUCACCACAGUCAGUCUGAGAGACAAGGCAGAGACUCCCACUGUGGUGAGUCUGAGAGAGAAGGUAGGGACUACAGUUCUGGUCAAAGGUCGAAUCAUAACUCUAGCAGUGGUCAACCUAAAAGACAUGGAUAUAUCCUUGCUUUGAAUCAGUAUGAAAGUCAAGUCCAGGGUCAAUAUGGGCAGUCUGAAAGACUCAGACAACAAUCAAGUUGUGGUCAGUAUGGAAGAUUUGGAGAGCACUCUUGCUCUAGUCAUGUAAACCAACAGGAAACUGGCUCUUAUUUUGGACAGACCGGGAGACUGGGUCAGGAAUCUAGAUAUCGUAGACAAGGUCAAGGUUCCCUCUGUGGUCAGACAGACAGACAAGGCUUAGGAUCUCAGUGUAGUCAGUCAGGAAGACAAGAACAGCGUUACCACCACGGUCAAACAGACAGACAAGGUCUGGGAUCUCAGUGCAGUCAAACAGACGAGCAAGGCCAGAGUUUCCACUGUGGCCAGACAGACAGGCAAAGUCUAGGUUAUCAAUAUGGACAGAGAGACAGUCAAGGCCAGAAUUUUCACUAUGGUCAGACAGACAGACAAGAUCAGAGUUAUUUCUAUGGUCAAACAGACAGGCAAGGCAUUAAUUCUCCAUAUGGCCAGACAGACAGACAAGGCCAGAGCUAUGGUUAUGGUCAGACAGAUAGGCAAGGGCUGAACUCUCCAUAUGAUCGAACCAACAGACAGGGCCAGAAUUAUCAUUAUGAUCAGACUGACAAACAAGACCAAAGUUAUUAUUAUGAUCAGACAUACAGACAAGGUCAAGGUUAUGAUGGUCAGACAAACAGACAAGACCAGAGUUAUCACCAUGGUCAGACUGACAGACAAGGCCUGAGCUCUCAAUAUGGUCAAUCAGUUACUGGAGGAACUGGACAAAACAGGUACUUUCAAGGGAAUGAGGGAACAAGCAGAGACUCGUUUUUUGAGGAAUCAGGAAGAUCAAGGAGACCAAGUGGACAGACUCAAGGACAGAGAUUGCAGUCUAGGGGAAGUCAGCAGAACAGCCAGCAGACUUGGGAGCUUGAGGAGCCUAGCCAACACAAAUUCAUAUCUCAAAUUCUACAAGAACAACCACUCCAUCAUAGUACAGGGCAGGGACAAAGACAGGCUCAGACCAGGCAGAGCUGUGGUGAAAGGCAAAAUCACCAGGUAGAAGAACACAGCCAUCAAAGCAGGGACAGACAUGAGAGACAAGGAAGUUCAUGUGAGCUGCAGGACAGGCAAACCCAUGGACAGGGACAGAGCUGCCAGACAAGGGGCAGGCAGACCCAUGAGGAGGGACAGAGCUGCCAGACAAGGGGCAGGCAGACCCAUGAGGAGGGACAGAGCUGCCAGACAAGGGGCAGGCAGACCCAUGAGGAGGGACAGAGCUGCCAGACAAGGGGCAGGCAGACCCAUGAGGAGGGACAGAGCUGGCAGACAAGGGGCAGGCAGACCCAUGAACAGGGACAGAGCUGUUGUGCACCGGAGCUGAAGCGGCACGUCGUCAAGGAAGAGAUCUACAAGUCAAGUUAUCCUUAUUUCUGUUUAAGAGGCUAA